AGAAAUUUGUGGUUGACUAUCCAUGAAAUGGGGAGAUGGUUUUCUAGAAAUGGUUUUCCAGAAAUGGUUUUCCAGUUUGGGAUAUGCAGACUUUUAUUAUUAACCAUGGAAUGUUGAAGAGCAAGAAACGUUGAAUAACUAUGCAGAUGAAAGAGUAAUUGGGAAAAAAGUUGCAGAGUUGAGGGAAAAGAAAAGAAGAAUAAAUAGAUAGAUAAAUGUGGCUUCCAGGUGCAAAGGAAUCAAUAAUUCAAGGUAGAGGAAAAGGAAAUGGAUUGGUGGCAGUUGCUGUAGAAAAAGAUAAAAAAGGGAGCAGACAGGCUCUCAAAUGGGCUGCUGACACGCUUCUUUCCAGAGGCCAAACUCUUGUUCUCAUCCACGUCUUGCACACAACCUCCUCACCUUUUACCAGUAAUUCACCAACCAACAUAAACAUGAAUAUAUGUAACUGUAAUAAUCAUUCAUUCAACCUACUUCUCACUUUUCAAAUGUAUACAUUAUUAGGAGGCAUGCGCAGCACCAACUGGCCAAUUACAUCUCCCAAGAAAGACAAACUAGUCAACGUUACAAAGGAUCUAUUUGAAACCUUUCAUUGUUAUUGUUCACGCAAAGAUAUACACUGUCUUGAUGUCGUUCUCCAAGAUAUGGAUGUGGUGAAAGGAAUAACUGAAUAUGUCUAUUAUGCUGCAAUUGAGAACUUGGUGGUUGGUGCAGCCUCUAGGCAUGGCUUUAUUAGAUUCAAGACAAGUACACCAAGCAGCAUAUUAAAGGGAGCCCCGGAUUUCUGUAGUGUGUAUGUCAUUUCUAAGGGGAGAAUAUCUUCAGUUAGGAGUGCUGCUCGAAGGGCUCCACAUGCCUCCCCACUGCAGAGGCAAAUAGAAACUCUAAAUGAUGAGAAUGGAAGUGAAUAUGAUACACCCUCCUGUAGACGGUUGAGCUUCAAAAGCAACAGGGUAUCACCCAAACCCAUAGGCUUGCAAAGUGAAUCCAUGAACAAGAUACAAUCAGGCAGAAGAUCAGGGACGAUUGGAAGGUUAUCCAUGGAUUUCGCCGAACAUGACUCUGACAUAUCGUUUGUAAGCUCUGACAGGCCCAGCAGUGUGCGUUCAUCCUCUGUUUUCUAUGACCAUGUUGAAUGUGCCAGAAAUGGCCGAACUUCAACCAGUUCAGACCAUAGCUGGGGGUCAACAUACAUGAAACCGAAGCUCACCGAGCCCUGUUCACCGGACCAAUUAUUUUUAGAGGAAAGUAGCCGCCCAUCACUUUACAGUUUGCAACACAAUGACGAAGUGGAAGCUGAUGUGAGGAGGUUGAGGCUGGAGUUAAAGCAAACAAUGGAAAUGUACAGUAAUGCAUGCAAAGAGGCCCUAACAGCGCAGCAGAAGUUACUGGAACUGCACAACUGGAGAAUUGAGGAAGAAAAGAAACUAGAGGAUGCACGGGUAAACCAGGAAGCAGCAGAGGAAAUUGCAGAGAAAGAGAAAGAAAAACGUAAAGCAGCUAAGGAAACAGCAGAAAUGGCAAAGAGACUUGCAAGGCUGGAAACAAAGAGAAGAGCAAACGUGGAAGGGAAAUAUCUGAAAGAAGCAGAGGAAAUGAGGAAAGCGUUGAAAAAUCUACAAGAGACGGAUAAAAGAUACAGGAAAUACACAUUGGAGGAGAUUGAAAAGGCAACAAACGAGUUUUCUGAAGCACAGAAAAUAGGGGAAGGGGGAUAUGGUCCCGUGUACAAGUGUUACCUCGAUCACACAGCAGUGGCAGUGAAGGUUCUGCGAGCAGGAUCAGCACAGGGGGAGACACAAUUUCAGCAAGAACUGAACAUACUCGGGGCCAUAAGACAUCCCAACAUGGUGCUUCUGGUAGGAGCGUGUCCGGAAGAGGGAGUGCUGAUAUACGAAUACAUGGAGAAUGGAAGCUUGGAAGACUGUCUGUUCGGAAAGAAGGAGGAGAUGAAGAGUUGGGAGUUGAGGUUUGAAAUAGCGGCGGAGAUAGCGACGGGGCUGCUGUUCCUGCAUCAGACAAAGCCAGAACCACUGGUGCACAGAGACCUGAAGCCCGCAAAUAUAUUGCUGGAUCACAACUAUGUGAGCAAGAUAAGCGACGUGGGACUGGCCAGGCUUCUGCCUGCAGCGGUGGCGGAGAACGAGACGCAGUGUCGAAUGACUGCCGCAGCAGGAACCUUCUGCUACAUCGAUCCCGAGUACCAGCAGACCGGAAUGCUGGGAGUUAAGUCGGAUGUGUAUUCUCUGGGAAUCGUUAUUCUUCAGCUAUUGACGGGAAGGCCCGCCAUGGGCCUGGCCCACCAGGUCGAACAAUCCAUCCAGAAGGAGACCUUUGCCCAGAUUCUGGACCCAUCCGUCCCGAACUGGCCCCUCACAGAGGCCCUCUCCCUUGCCAACUUGGCGCUCCAGUGCGCGCAGCUCAGCCGGAAGGACCGCCCUGACCUUGCCACCUUCCUCCUCCCUCAGCUCCAAAUUCUCAGAGACUUUGCUCGCCACCACCAUCAACAGCCUCCCCAGGAACAGGAAGUCCUCAGCGAGCCCAAUUCUCAACACUCCGGAAGCCCAUCGACCCCUUCCCCCUCGUCAACCCCAACAGAAGACCAACCCAUACAAGGUUAUGAAAAACACGCAAAUAUUUGGAGACUUGAGAUCAUUACCGAUAUCUGA